GUUAAGACGCUAAGAUCACAGACUGUUUGUGGUUGUUGGGUUUUUCAGCUACAGUCCUUUAGUAUUGUACAAUAUAUAUCUGCUCAGAGCUCUGCCUUCGUGGUGGAGUGUGGCUGGCUGCCCUACAUUAGCCGGGGUCCGCUGAAGAGGGAGUCCUCCCUGAAUGACUCGUAGUGCGCGGCUACUGGUUAGCUAGCGGAGGGGAGGGUGGAGACAAAAACUUCUAAGACCUCGCCCAGUCGUUGCUUCAUUCCAGCAGGCAGCUACUCUCUCGGCGGUGUGUGAGAUCCACACCAGUAAACCAGAUAAUUAUUCAAGGAGAGACUGACACAGCUGUGUCAACUAAGGGCAAAAAUCAGUCACCAUGUUCAAGAAAACCUCACGGAAGGACCCCGAGCUGUUCCAGAACGUGUCGGAGGGGCUGCGGCGGCUCUACCGGACCAAACUGUUCCCGCUGGAGGACACGUAUCGAUUCCACGACUUCCACUCCCCUGCACUCGAAGAUGCCGACUUCGACAACAAGCCCAUGGUCCUCCUGGUGGGUCAGUACUCCACCGGAAAGACCACUUUCAUCCGCCACCUCAUGGAGCAGGACUUCCCCGGUAUGCGGAUUGGCCCCGAGCCGACCACAGACUCUUUCAUCGCGGUGAUGCACGGUGAUCAGGAGGGGCAAAUACCGGGUAAUGCCCUGGUUGUCGACCCCAAGAAGCCCUUCCGCAAACUCAACGCCUUCGGGAACGCUUUUCUCAACAGGUUCAUGUGUGCUCAGAUGCCUAACCCCGUCCUGGAGAGCAUCAGUAUCAUCGAUACUCCUGGAAUUCUGUCAGGGGAGAAGCAGAGGAUAAGCAGAGGAUACGACUUUGCCGCGGUGCUCGAGUGGUUUGCCGAGCGCGUGGAUCGCAUCAUCCUCCUGUUUGACGCCCACAAGCUGGAUAUCUCGGACGAGUUCUCCGAGGUGAUCCGCGCCCUCAAGAACCACGAGGACAAAAUGCGCGUUGUGCUGAAUAAGGCGGACCAGAUCAGCACGCAGCAGCUGAUGAGAGUCUACGGAGCGCUGAUGUGGUCUUUGGGAAAAAUCAUCGGCACUCCCGAGGUGGUGCGUGUGUACAUCGGAUCAUUCUGGGCUCAGCCCCUGUUGGUCCCAGACAACAGGAAGCUGUUUGAAGCAGAGGAGCAGGAUCUGUUUUUGGACAUCCAGUCGUUGCCACGCAAUGCAGCUCUACGCAAACUUAACGACCUCAUCAAACGAGCACGCCUUGCUAAGGUGCACGCCUACAUUAUCAGCUCUCUGAAAAAGGAGAUGCCGAGCGUGUUUGGAAAGGACUCCAAGAAGAAGGAGCUGAUAGCCAACCUGGGAGAGAUCUACCUCAAGAUAGAGAAGGAGCACCAGAUCUCACCUGGAGACUUCCCCAAACUUGCCAAGAUGCAGGAGCUGCUGAAUGGUCAGGACUUCUCCAAGUUUGCAACGCUGAAGCCCAAACUGCUGGAGGCGGUGGAGGACAUGCUGGCCAACGACAUCGCCCGUCUCAUGACCAUGGUGCGCCAGGAGGAGGCUGCCAUGCCCAGCCAGUCCGUCAAGGGUGGAGCCUUUGAAGGAACCAUGACUGGUCCCUUUGGCCACGGCUACGGCGAGGGUGCCAGUGAAGGCAUCGAUGAGCUAGAGUGGGUGGUGGGUCGCGACAAGCCCACUUACGACGAGAUCUUCUACACCCUCUCCCCAAUCAACGGCAAAGUGUCCGGCGCUGCGGCCAAGAAGGAGAUGCUGAAGUCCAAGCUGCCCAACACAGUCCUGGGAAAGAUCUGGAAGCUGGCAGACGUGGAUAAAGACGGCCUCCUGGAUGACGAGGAGUUCGCCCUGGCCAACCACCUGAUCAAGGUGAAGCUGGAGGGCCAUGAGCUGCCGCCGUCGCUGCCUGAACACCUGGUGCCCCCAUCCAAGCGUGGGACGGUGAUGGAGGCCUAGAGGUCCAGAGAGGAGGGUGGGAAGCAGCCUGGAGAUCAGCGACAUCAACACGCUGCAGCGUGUUUAAGACUCUCCAGCCGCAGGCCUGAAUAGCAUCACCCUCCACUAAGCUGCGAGUCCCCACACUUCCUGACACACCAAGAGGAGGUAUUGCUGUGAUCUUUUACACCAGAGAGAGACUGGAGGGUUUCUGGGGGGGGAGGGAGGGAGGGAGGGAGGGCAGGUCCAUCUUUGUGCAUUAGGGGAUAAUAUUCAGGUGUCUAUGUGAAAAAAAAAAUGAGGGGAGGGAGGUUGAUUUGCAAACUGAUGAAAGGACAUUACUGGAUUAUGAACUGAUGGGUAGCUGGAGGUUGCAUGAUGGGGCUGAACAUGGAUUUCUGCAUCCUGUGUUAAAGAUGUCUUAUAAAUACACAGUCCAUAUUAUUAUAUGUUGAUCCAAAGAAGUAUAGUUUUUUCCCAUUUGGAGAGAGGAGGAAAUUAAUCAAAACAGCUGUUAGAAUUGCUUUAUCUAUAUUUUUGUAUUUCCUGACUGUUAACUUUGACUCUUUCCAAAUGCUUCCCUUUUUAUUAUUUUGCCAGAUAAAUAAAAAGGAAUACUGUACCAGCCGA